AUGCUCUCAGAAAAUGAGAAGCCUGUGAAGCACCUGGUGCUGGAUACAGGAGCGUUGAUUGCCAACGUUAAUCUUCAUGUAUGUUUUGAUCUUUCAUAUGAUUUAUUUGUUAUUUUCAAUUUUUGCAGCACCUCUCAGAGAAAUAUUACGCCCCGCCUCAAGUCAAAGAUGAACUCCAUUCAGCUAAAGCCAGAAAAGUUUUUGAACUUUUGCCUUUCGAGGUUAUUCUUCGCGAACCUUCGAGUAGUUCUCUGCGAAAAGGUUUUAUGAGUUUGAUUUUUUUUUUUUCAAACAGUUUUUCAGUCGUGGAUGCUUCGAAAAUUACUGGUGACUACCAAUCAUUGUCUGUUGUUGACAUUAAAGUUAUCGCUUUAACUUAUGAACUGAACGAAGAAUUUUGUAAAGAAAAAAGUGUCGAAGAGGUAUAAAAUUUUCAGAAAGUUUUGAAAACCCAGAAUUUAAGGAAAAUGAAUCGAAUGAAGAUAUUUUGGCCCAAAUAGAAAAAGAAAAGGAAUCAGCGAAAGCAGAAGUCGGGGAAACAGUUUCCGAACACGAAGAGGAAGAGUCUAGCAGCGGACAAAAAACGGUGAGCUAAUUUCUUUUUUUUUUUCAAACUGAGCUUUCGAAUUUAUAGGAAGAAGACAGUGAUGAUGAUUCUGGAUGGAUAACUCAAGAUAAUAUUGACAAUGCGCUGAAAAAGUUGGGCGGAUUCGAGGUUUUUUUGAUUUAAUGAUUGACCGAAGUUUUUUUUUUUGAAAGACAUGGUUUUCAGGUAGAAGAAAAACUCACUGUUGGGUGUCUAACAACGGACUUCGCUUUACAAAACGUGCUUCUUUCAAUGCACUUGGGGCUUAUUUCUCUAUCGGGCUACCGCAUAAGGAAGAUCAGGACAUUUGUGCUUCGCUGCAGAGCUUGCUACAGCACAACACCCGUCAUGACCAAAGUUUUCUGUCCUUCAUGCGGGCACAAGAUGCUUCACAAGGUUUGGUUUAGAAAAAAAUUUUUAGAAAAAUUAUGGAAAAUUUUUUCAGUGUGCAGUGUCUCUCGAUGAGAAUGGAGAACAGAUUUUGCACAUCAACUGGGAACGUCUUUCGAAUAAACGUGGCCUUCAGUAUUCACUGGCCGCACCAAAAGGUGGUAAACACGCGGUGAAUCCUACUGGUAUUCAAAAUAUUCACGAAGCUGGGUUCAGAUCAAUGAACAACUGUUCGAAGACCAGCCGAUGCCGCACAUGCAGAUGGCCAAGUCGCGGAAUGAUCCUCUCGCCGACGGUCCCUUUUCUAUGCACGACGUCAAUUCAAGGUUUUUUAACGGCCAAAUCAGUUCAAUAUCACGAAAAAAAGAUUUUAGUAGUGAGCCGAAAAAAAGUAGAUCAUUUUUUUUUCCCUUAAAUUUAGCGCAAAGUAUUUCAAUUUGAGCAACGAAUGUUUUUAUUUUUAGGAAAAUUUCAAACUAGGAAGCUCAGUUUUUUAGCAGUAAAGAUUAUUUUUCUUCUAAUUAACGUUCCUUUUUCAUUUCCAAGAAGUGCUUUUUCAACUCACGCUUAAAAAAACAAUGCAAGAACUGCCAAUGUCGGAAGUGCGGAAAACGGGUGCAAAAUGGUCGCUAAAAGGGUUCCGUUUUGCGGCCUUCAUUGAGCCUUUCUUUCUUGGUGCGCUAAAAUCAAGAAAGGGUGAAAAAAGGCUGCGAAAAGAAGAAAGAGAGCAAAAAGGUUCCUGAAAGUCUCAAAAAUUGAUGAUUCGCGAUUUUAUCACUGUAGUACAUUUUGGUUCAUACUCAGUCACUGGUAAAGAUUAUUCUCAACGUGAAACUUUUUGUGCUUCUCAAAAGGGUCCAAAAAGGGUGGAUAAAGGUCGAUAAAAGGACUGAAAAAAGUGGCAGUAAAAAGUAAACCAUUGCCACCCGUUUAGAACAGUUAAUGGAAACCUUUUGAUCCAUAACGGACUCUCAAAGGGUCCUUCUGACUUUGCCUUAGCAAGAUCAGUUUCUUUAGAUCCGCGGUGCUCGGGAUUCGUACUCUGAACAAUCGCCAAAGAACGAGCAAAAACAGAAAUGAAUCAAAACGAGGCGGUCGAAGGAAGUAA